AUGAAUUACAAGCAACUGCUGUGUGCACUGCUGCUGUGCACAGCCGUCGUCCUUCAGUCGGCUGCGGCCAAUAAUGUGGGUCGAGCUAAUCCUCGAUAUAGGUUAUAUCAGGUCAACGAACAACGUUCGGCUGGAAGCGGGCAAAAUGAUCCACGUUUCAAUGAUCAAAUUCUCGAGAAGUUGGGAAAGGGCACGACAACAACAACCACCCUUGCUCCAACAACCACAACAAUGACCACGCCAACACUUACCACACCAACAGCCACUACACCCACCAUGACAAUACCACCAUCACCACCGACCACACCAACAGCGCCCACACCGGCACCUUCGCCCACUGCUACACCACCAGCAACGCCACCAGCAACUCCAACAGCAACACCGCCUGCAACACCACCUGCAACUCCACCUGCAACCCCUCCAGCAGCAGGUCCACCUGCCGGUCCACCAGCAGGUCCUCCUGCAGGUCCUCCAGCCGGUGCACCAGACGGUGCACCAGCCGGUGCACCAGACGGUGCACCAGCCGGCCGUCGUAUUUCAAACGAAGACGAUGAAGAGAACUCUGCAAAGUUAGAUAGUGACGAACUUGCAAAAUUCCGUUCAAACAAAGACGAAGAUGAUGAUGAAGACGACGACGACGACGAAGAGAACGACGAUGAUUAUGACGACGAUGAUGAUGAGGAUGACGAAGAGAAACACACCGGUGUAUCGAGAAGGAAUAAUGGCAUGAGACCAAGGCAAAGAGCAUCAUCCGCUUACUCCUACAGGAGAUUUUUACAACGCCGACGACGUGAGCGCAGAAUACGCCGUCGCCAAAUGCUUGCAGCCCGACGUCGCUUUAGGAAGCAGAGAAGAACGGCCAUCAGGAGGAGAAAAAUGCAAAAACAUCAACGCAAUCGUCAACUAACCAAAGCUCAGAUACAACGUCGUCGACAAAGGAUUCUGAGGUCGAUCGCUAGACGACGUCGUCGUAUGCAAAGGAGACGCCGUAUGCAAGCUAGACGUCGCCGUUUACGCCGCCGUCGCCUAAGGAGACGUAGACAACGUCAAAUGAGGAAACGUUUGCGCAAAUUCCGUCGCAUGCAAAGACUUCGCCGGAGACGUCAUCGUCUACAGACCAGACGUCGUUUACGACUAUUCAGGGUUAGAAAUCGUCGCCGCGGUUGA